AUGCCUCUGUCAGAUCUAGACCAGGAUAUUACACCUAUCCCCCGUUCGCGGGAGGAGAACCAGGAGAGAGCCUUUAUUGCUGCAUCACGGCGAAAGGAUCGCAGCCUAGAUGCUCGCCUGGAAUCUGCUAACCGGGCUUCUAUGUUGCAUAAGAAGCGUACGGGCAAGGCCUUCCACAUCACUAAGGAGAUUGUUGAGAAGGAAGCCAUGUAUGAAGAGGUCGAUGAGCGGUAUCAAGAAAAACGCAUUCUCAUGCUGCAACGCCAGAACGAGCAAAUCGAAGACCAAUUCAAAAACCAUCUACUGGCCGCCUUUGCAGCCCGCGCUCAAUUCAAUGCGUCCUCCAUCCACAACCGGCGAGCAAGCCACAUGACCCCACGCCCAUCAGUCAAUGGAGUUAAUGGUGGUCCGCGCAAGAUGAGCUUGGAUCUGUCUAAUAUCCGCUCUUCCUUCUCCCAGGGCUCAGGCUCAAUGGCAAGCCCAAUGCCAACCGGUGAUGGCUACGUACUUUCGCCCACAGCAUCAUACGACCAGAGUGGCCAGUCCUAUAUGGCGUGCAUGAGCGGUUCCCAGACACCAUACUCUGACAUGUUCUCUACCUCAACUGGGCCCCCAUCGGGACAAAUCCCAGCCUACAUGAACCAACAAGUCUCAACACCAGCAUCAGCCUGGAACUCCCAAGUACCCGCAUGGGCCCCGAUGCAACAGCAGAACCCAACCCCUAGCCAAACCCCCACGGACGCGCACGCCGUGCAAAUGUGGCAGCAGCAAAUGAUGCAACAGGCUCAGAUGCCCAACACCGCAGCCCAAAUGCAUCAGUUCAGAGAUCGCCUUGCGUCCGCGCCAGAGUUGCCUCUGCAGCAGCACACGGCUCCACCCAUUCCCUCAGCAUCCAUCUCAGGCCCCACCGUCCACGGCCCUACCCAUGGUCACUCGCGCGGCCAGUCCCAGCCAUCGAACAACUUCCACAACCUCAACCUCCUUAAUCAGACCACGCACCUUUCCCACUCGCAGAUCGCCCCCUCCAGUCUUAGUUCUCCUAAGGUCGAGGCCCUCUCAGCGGGCACUCACUCCACUCCGGACUUCUGUCCCACUCCCAAUACCCCCCUGUCACCGACAACUGCUACCGCGCAUGCUACUGUGUUGCCGGGUGGGAAGGUCAACGGUGAUGGCAUUAUGGUUUCGCAUGAGGGGAUGGAUCCCGAUUUCACAGAUUUCAGCCAGUUUGCUUUCCACUUGGGUAACUCGACUGUUCCACUUUCCGAUCGUGAUCAGCCAUUUGGCUUUGACGAUCUGCUCUCAGUUGAUGACUUCACCAGCGUCUCUUGUUAA